AUGGUCGAUUUCAAUGCUGUUCUUGCAGCAGCAGGAUGGAGACACCUUCUGCUUUCAGAGAUCCGUGUCUCCUCAAAGUGUUGUGGAUUGCCGAUAUCCCACCAUUCCUUUGUUCUACGCAUACUUGCACUGUUUGGCAACUGGCAUUUCAACGUGCCACCAAGCAUGAAGUGUGUUUCCAAUCAUCUCGGUCUUAAAACUUCUCUAUCGAUUUUACUUAAGUCAUUAAACUUACGAAGUAAACAAAUUCAUUUUGUGGGUGACCUUUGUUUUGGAGGAAAGGCCGCAGCUGUACAUGCAAGUGUUGCCUCCCUGAAGAAGGAGCUUCGUGAGUCUCGUUCGGAGGCUAAACGUUUACGAGAUCAUACUCAGAAGUUGGAAAAGGUAAAUUCUUUCUGGGAUCAUCAUUCCCUAACUUUCUGGAUAGCUCCUGAUCUGGAGGUACUCUGGAAUUCUUCUGCAGCAAUAGAAGGAGCUCACAGGGUAAAGGCUAAUAUGAUGGUGUUUUUGAUGGAAGACCAGCUUUUGAGGCAAUGGAGAGACUUAGGGGUAAAGGCUAACAGGAACAGAGGUCUUAUUGGACUCCCUCAUGCUUUAUUGAGUGCAUUGCUUCGUUACCUCAUACUGUUUACACUUCAGGAGAGGUUCACUGUAUUUUCUGUCAAGGGUUCUGUUCCAAUAUUUAUUACAAAUUCUAGAUAA